AUGCAUUUUGAAGACACAACAUCAGCUUCUGAAGCAGUUGCUAAGUGUGCAAAAAAAGCAAUUGGUGCUACCAAAGCUGCUGCCUAUCUGACGAGUAAAGGCUCUUAUCAGGUCACUCAAGCAUCUGGUAAUUGUAAUUGCGUGACUAGUUAUGAAUUUGAGAACAGUUGUGGCAAUUCUACUAGCAAGUUUAUGCCAUAUGGGUUCCAAGAAAACCACCAAAUUCUAGAUGAUCAAUCAAAGGAGGUUUCACAAAUUUCAAUCAAUGAGGUUAAAACGACAGAUGGUGCAUGUUACUUGGAAUUGAAAUUACCAUCUAGAUCAAGAUUUCAAGAAGGCUUCUGGGAAUUUUUGGCAAAGUAUGGUUUUCAAUAUGGUUCUAAUUACAAUCGGCCUUUACUUCCUUCUGAGGUUGGCUUCUUACUUUUAUUUUCAAUUCAUCUCUGUCUAUCCCAAAUCAGAAAAUCCACUGGAGAUCUAUGGAAGCUAAUGCCACCUUAUGUUGCUGUAAGCAGGAGGAAUGCAACAUGGAGGUUGCCAAAAGCAGCUAUAAUUCCUAACUUCAAUCUCCCAAUGCGUAGUUUUGAAAAUCUGUUAAACAUGGCUAUGGUUGUGGUUAAUUGUGGCGUGACUUCUAUAGAGGACAUAAAGUCUCUUAGAUUGAUAACUGCCAUCAAAACCCCGUAUCUACCAGAUGGGAGAUUUGAUCUCGAGGCAUAUGAUGCCUUGGUGAACAUGCAGAUUGAAAAUGGAGCUGAGGGAGUGAUCGUCGAUGGCACUACUGGUGAAGGCCAGUUGAUGAGCUGGGAUGAACACAUCAUGCUAAUUGGUCACACAGUUAACUGUUUUGGUGGAUCUAUCAUCAUUGGAAACACGAGAAAUCCAAAAGUUUGUGGAAAACCCUCUCGGAGGGCACUUGGAGUGAGGCAUUUGAUGGUCUAG